CAGCAGUGCGGAGCAGGUUAGCUACAGACCGGGUUCAUUGACUAACUGAGGGGAUAAGUGGCUGUUUUUCUAGAGGUCGAAAACCAAUGUACACAACAAGCCCAAUUCACGGUACUUUAUUUUCACAAUUGUGAAGACAUCUACGUGCAGUUCUCGUUAAGAUAAUUGUAUCUCCUGUUUUUGGAAAUAACAUCGCUUCUCAUAUAGACUUCACUGGACCCACCAAAGUGCUGAGGAGGAAGAUACUUGUUAAGGUGAGCCCGGGAGAUGAGUUCUCUGGUCUACCCUAGCCGAAUCAUGAAAGACCGUGAGGCCAUCACCAUUAUCCACUUCCCAGGCUCAGGCAAGAUGAAUGGACAGUUCACUCAGACUGGGAUCCAUCCCUCAGUAACCACCUCCUCAUCACCCACAUCCAAACCCCAGCCCUUCAGCCUCCAGACAGGCCCUCACCUGCUGGCCAGCAUGCAGCUCCAGAAACUCAACAGCCACUACCACAACAUCGGCAGUGUAGCAGGGGACACCAUAGCCCCACCCAGGACCUACAGCUCGCAGAGCCAGGGCGCCCUGUCCAACCCAGGGAGCACCAUCAUUGACUCGGACCCCGUGGAUGAAGAGGUCCUGAUGUCCCUGGUGGUGGAAUUGGGACUGGACCGCGCCAACGAGCUGCCGGAGCUGUGGCUUGGCCAGAAUGAGUUUGACUUUAUCUCGGAUGUUUCCUCCAGCUGCUGAUUCUCCUCAUGUAGGAAAGAUCGUCUUGAGGGCAAUGGAGAAAGAAAUUGGGAGCCCCUGGUCUAGGCUUAAUGUCUCAAACCCAGCUCUGUUGUUUGCUGUGGAAGUUGAAAUGUACAUGAAACAGACCCAUAUGUUUCUAUGUCUAUGAACUUGAGAUCUAUGUAAUAUCUUUCUAAAUGUCAUGCCUCUGAACAGUCUCGCUUGAGGCUGCUUUCACGUCCCUGAAUCGCUCGCACUGCUACGGCAGACGGGGGCAUUGUUGGCAUCUGCCUAUAAGGCAACAUGAAUGGCAAAGGCCAGUCUGUGUUUGUUUUGGCAGAGAAUUGGACUGGAACAAAUUGUAUUGUUGUAAAUCACAUCUUAAAAAGGGUUAAGGAGAGCAGUUGUCUUAUUUUUUUCUAAACCAAGUCCAGUCCUUAAUUAUAGACCGUUGCAAUGAAACGUUCAGGGUUUCAUAUGGAGAGAAACGUGUUUUAGCACUAAAAGGAACUUAUUUCUAGUUCAAUCAUAUUUGCUUUGAAUUUCUAAGUUUGAGAAGAUAGACACAGAAGGAAAGUAUUUUGAUUCAUGCUAGUUUCUUUAGAAUGUAUUGAUUUCUGUUCCAAAUGGAGUACAAGUUAAUUAAAACACAUGUGUUCUUGGUGCACUGUAGAUGGUAAAACAAAACUUCCCUGAAGAGUUUAAAUAGCUGGAUGUGUAGACUUGUCAGCUUUCAUGGGAGUAUACCCCCCUCUCUCUCCCUGCUGUAUGAAACGCUACCCUCCUGAAGCUGCCUAUGUCCGAUGGCACCGAGGUAUAUCAAGGAAAAGGAGAUGUUGAGAAUUUGGCUGCAUCUGCCAUUAACCAAACCUGGCAGAAAUAUGACUUGCUGUGUAGACGAUCAUCACAAAUGUCACGAUGAAAAGAAGGAUCAUUGUAAAAUGUGGAGUAGGACCUGAAUUAAACCAGUGCUCGAACAUUAAAAUUGCGAAUUCAAUCUUCAGAGAUUAUUUUUAUUUCUUCUUUUUAGAAAUAAAAUUCUAUACCGUAACUGAGAGCAAAUAAUGCUCCUUGAUGCAUGUGUGUAGGAAUUUGAUUAUAAACAACACAUUUCACAGCCGUUUUAUGUGGCAGUUUAGGAAUCCAGCUAAUCUAUUUUUGUUCUCGGAUCAGCAUUAGCUGUCACCCCCCCUUUUUGUUAUGCUGAAGAUCUUUUGGUGCCUUGCUUGCUUGUACGGUUCAGUAUAUGCAGAUUUAUUUUAAUUCAUCUUUUCAUUUUGGCAAAUUUUUACAUUUUAUUAAAUGUGAAAUGUUCCAGCCUAGUAGCAAAAAUGAGGCAAGAAAAAAAGCUAACUGAAUACUUGGUUAUAUAGUCGAGUGUACAGUACAGGCUCUGAAUGUGUAAUGCACUGGUUAGAAUGCACUUGAAAUUUCUUACUUGAAUUCUGGUUAUUGCAUUUAAAAAAAAAAAAAAAGUAAAUAAAUAGGACAUUGCAGCUUUGGAGAAAGUCAAGCAGAGAGUAACCAGCUUAAUCCCAGGGCUAAAAUAUGACUUUGGAAGAUGAGAUGAAGGAACUGAAUCUAGCAAAUACACCUGGACCACAGGACAUUGUGAGGAGACCCUUUUCCAGAGUGGCAGGUGUAUAACUUGGGUCCAAGCCAUGUUGCUGAUUGGGGUCUAUAAGAAACCAAUUGGACUGUUCUGGGAUCAAUCCAUACUAGGAACUGGAUAAGCACUAAUAGGACGAGCAACCUCCUCCUGCUAUUAACUUUUCUCCUAUUAGACUAUACAAUUAAACAGCUGGUGCCUAAUCAACAACCUAUACAAUGUUAUUUGGGAAAAAAAAAGCAAAGAACUAAAAUCUUUGGCAGAAUAAAAGUGGAUUAGCAAUGUUGGUGCUAGUGAGGUAAGAAUUUAAAAAGCUGUAUCACUGUAACUCAUAACUAAAGCUUUAUAGACACUGCACCAGAUCCUCUUCAUUCAGUAUUUAGAUACUGAUACAAUGUUCUAGAGCACAGAUGUUUGCCUUGCCUGUCAGGUUGUCGAUGGUGCGAGGGAUGCUUGUAUAGCUGAAUGGGAUUGCAUUCUAGUAAUUAAAUAAGCAUUAGGUGAAACUGUGCCUCCAGCAAGUGCCCGCAUGGCAGGAACAAGACAGAGCUUGUGUUCUACCCAUACAGUCAACCCCCACUUAGCUUUACACAGCACAGGGAACUUGAUCUUAGUGACUUAUAAAUUAAUGAGGAUAGUGCCUGUCUCCCGUCCACCUGUCCCCAGGGCAUGGUUAAUUCAUAGGACAGCUGUUUACUAAUAUGAUUUCUGUUCAGCCCAAGCCAGGAGUUUUCUUCAUGGAGUGUGUUUGGCUCUGGUGUACAGUUUAAAGGCUUCAGACUGGUUUCUGUUAUGGCGAUGAGGGCAUCUUGUUUCAAACCCCUGCCUUAUUGAUUUGAAAAAAUGAUUUUUGUUUGGAAAAGUUUAAGUGUGUGUACCAAGUGAAUUGUGUAUAUAUAAUAUUUUUUUGUUAAAUGUAUUUUUUUGCACUUAUUUUCCCCUGUACUGAAGACUGUACAUUAUUGGAUAUUAUGUAAAUAU